AUGACCACGAAAACGAAAUACGUCGCUCGGGAGGUCCCGCAGAUCUCCCUACGAGAUUACUCGUCCCGCAUCGACGAGAUCACCAGAGAACUCGUUGCCGCGUCCGAAAAUGUUGGCUUCUUCAGCAUAACCGACCACGACAUCCCCAAAGACGAGAUCGAGGCCAUGUUUGACGCUUCUCGGCGGUUCUUUGAUCUCCCGGAUGAAAUCAAAGCCACCGUCCCCUGGUCCGCGAGGAACGUGGGAUGGGAGAAGAACUCGCAGAUUCGGCCGUCAACAGGCCAACCGGACACCAAGGAAUCCUACCAGCUGCAGUUCGGCGAAAACAUGGACGGUGUUUGGAUAACAGACGAACAGAUGGCCGGGUUCAAGUUCAAGGAGACGUCAUUGGGCUUCAUGCAUCACGUUCAAGGCGUGUCGGAGAAGCUGAUGCGGUGUUUCGCACGGGGACUUGGAUUCCCGGAUGACUACUUCAUCAGAUAUCACGAUGUGACUCGGACGAACUCACAAACUACCAUGCGACUGCUACACUACUUUGCCCUCCCAGAACCCGACCCAAACGACAAGGAUAGACCGGUCUACCACCGUGCAGGCGCACACGCUGACUGGGGGUUUCUGACGCUUCUCUUCCAAAAGGAUGGCGAGAGUGGUCUUGAGAUCUGCCCCGGGCGCGAGGUGGUUACGGAAUUCGGCAUUGGCGACGAAUGGACGCCCGUCAAGCCCAAGACGGGCGAUAUCGUCUGCAACAUUGGUGAUCUUCUCAUGUCUUGGUCGGAUGAUCGAUUCAAGUCGACCUUUCAUCGCGUCAAGGCCCCGAGUGAGGAAGGGGAUUACUUCGGUGAACGAUACAGUAUUGCCUUCUUCAACCAACCGUGCAAGGAUGCCAUUAUCCAGGGCCCCAAGAAGAAGUAUCCCGUUGUUACUGGGGAGGAAUUUACUACUCGGGCGAUGCAGAGAAAUUUCUCGGCACUCCAGGAGAAGCAGAGGGAGCUUGCUGCAGCUGCAGCUGCAUGA